CCAAUUUCUCAUAAGCAUGUGAUUGUGAUAUUAUUACACAUUCUUAAAAAACAUAAGACAAAGCACAUUACAUUCCUCAAUUCCUCGCACCACUUUUCCUCUCUCCUUUCCGUUCCCUCCUAGAUCUUUUCACCACCUCUUCUCGUGCGUUGUUUCCUUCUCUCUCUCUCUCUCUCCUCUCUUUCUCUCUCUAUAAUUUGUAUCAGUUCCUUUUUCUCGUAGAAGAGUGUGUUGAAGGUUCUUUGAUUUUGCGGAUGGUAUUACAGUAAUUUUUCCUUUUUUCCGUCUGUCUAUAUAUGGCGUGACUUUUAGCAAACCCCACAAAAACAGCACAUUUUCCAAUUCCAGUUCUUCGUCUGUUAAUUCGCUAAACCCUUCAAUUCAGCAAUUUCAUUCCUUCCUUCCUUUUUUUUUUUUAAUUACUGCAAGGUAUUUCAAUUCAUGGUUUGAUCCAAAUUUAUUUCAAACCUCGACGGUUACUCGUUAUUUCACCUCAAUUCUCUGCGAAUUCGCCCCCUUUUUCCUUCGUUUCUCUUUACUCUACUUGGGUAAAGUAGAUUAAAGAGGCGCCGAUGUAUAAAUUCUGAUCAUAUAGUAAUUCAGCAAUUAAUUGGGGAAUUUGCUAUUCAGAGUGAUGUCGUCAUUUUUCUAGAGAUUUUCGAGUUUUUUUUUUUUUUUUUGAGGAACUAUUGGUAUAAAAGUGUUGUACUUUAUGCAAAACAAGGUUGUACAUAUGGAAGAAGGUAAAGAUCCCAUAGCUGCAAACAGGGCAGGUCAAACCAGGGUUUUGCCCCAAAGGCUGCUACAUUUGAUUGUAUUUUUUCUCGCACUAUGCCUCACUUUCUCCGUUGUUAGUAUUUACAUGAUUAGGUAUUUUGGUGUUAAUAGUUUUGUCACAUCUGUAACACCUACUUUACUCUCCUGCAAUAAAGAAUUGAAUACAUUAGAACAAUGGAUUAGUCCACCGUCUAAUUUGAUGCACGGAAUGAGCGACGAGGAGUUGUUCUGGAGGGCGUCUUUCGUGCCCCGUUUGAAGAAGUAUCCGUUUAAGAGGGUCCCGAAAGUUGCGUUCAUGUUCUUGACAAAGGGGCCUUUGCCAUUGGCACCUCUUUGGGAGAGGUUCUUCAAGGGGCAUAGUGGGUAUUAUUCGAUCUAUAUCCACUCCUUGCCUUCGUUCGAGGCUAAUUUCCCAUCCUCGUCUGUGUUUUACAAGAGGCAGAUACCUAGUCAGAUUUCGGAAUGGGGAAAAAUGAGCAUGUGCGAUGCAGAGAGAAGACUAAUAGCCAACGCCUUACUCGACAUAUCAAACGAAAGAUUCGUCCUCUUAUCCGAAUCAUGCAUCCCUCUCCACAACUUCACCACAAUUCACAGCUACAUAACCGGAUCCAAAUACAGCUUCACGGGCGCGUUCGACGACCCUGGUCCAUUUGGGAGGGGCCGCUACAACGACCACAUGUUGCCGGAGGUCGACAUCAAAGACUGGCGAAAGGGCUCCCAGUGGUUCGAAGUCAGCCGCCAGCUGGCGCUGUACCUCAUCCAAGACAAGAAAUUCUACCCUAAAUUCGAGCAGUUCUGCAGGCCGGCUUGCUAUGUGGACGAGCACUAUUUUCCAACGAUGCUGACUGUGCAGGCGGGGAAUCUCUUGGCCAAUAGGAGCGUGACUUGGGUUGACUGGUCGAGGGGCGGGGCCCACCCUGCUACAUUUGGGCGGUCGGAUAUUACGGAGGAUUUUUUUAAGAGGAUUUUCGAAGGUGAGAAGUGCUUGUAUAACGAUCAGCCUUCUUCUGUUUGUUCCCUUUUUGCGAGGAAGUUUUCUCCUAGUGCUUUGGAGCCGUUGUUCUUCUUGGCUCCUAAGUUCUUGGGAUUUUAGCCUGCUAUAUAUUUUGAUUUCUUAUUAUGGUUUAGAGAAAAGGUGAACCUUCUUUUUUUCUUUUUUUUUUCUUUUUUGGGUAUAGGUUGGAGUUUUAGAGAAUGAUGAGAUAUUCAGUGUCAAAUCUACUGCUACAUUUACACUCACCCACACAGUGUGUGUGGUGGAUUGGCAUCCAUAACGUAGCAGCAAAUUGAGUAUAAUAUGUGAACAGAAAAAGAUAUGGGGUUGUUGUAGUUGUUUAUAUUUUGUUGGUAUAAAGAUUCUUAUAUAGUGAAUUAGUGAU